GGAAAUGGCACAUUGCAGUGGAACGGAUAGCAACUCUUUGGAGAUACUUCUCAGGAUUUUAAUAACAUGGACAUUAAUUAUUGCAUCUGGCUAAUGCUGUGCACAUCUGGAGUGAUGGGACAGUUCCAGGUGGAUCCUCUCGUUGCCACGGUUCUGACAGGCUCUGACGCACAAUUCACUGCAACAGUCCAGGGAACGUGGGCAAUCAUGACGUGGACCGUCCAAGGUUUUCUGGUCCUCACCGUUCCCAGAAGUGGUAACAUAACUUCGUCCUCCGAACAGUUUUCUGCCUCGUUCUGCUCCAGCGUGGACACCGGCUGUGUGUCGUUCACCAUCCACAACACCACGCGUGCAGAGGCUGGUCCGGUCACCUGCACCGUUCAGGGAGACUAUGGAUUCAAGACUGUACAGCUGCAGGUACAAGAGAGCGGAACAGUUCAGAUCAAGGAAGGGAACAUGACAGUAGUCCAGGACCAGGAGGUUGAGAUCCACUGCGAGACAUCAGCUUGGUUCCCGAUACCUGAGAUCAGAUGGACCCUAAAUGGUGACACAGUGGACAGUGGUCCAACAAACAGCACAAACGUGACCCACGGAGAUUCCUUCAAUUCCUCCAGUGUACUGAAGUUCCAAGCUGUCAAAGAUUCUACAUUGGUGUGUUGGGCAACACUACAGACGCUCACAAACCCACUAGCCAGCUCUGUCCAUGUUUUGGUUGUACCCAAGCCUCCAGACAGGACUGUGCUGAUCGCUGUGGUUUGCUCCUUUGGAGGUUUGGCUCUGCUAGCUUUACUGAUCCUUGGGAUCAUGUUUUGCUACAAACGCAGGAAAGAGAAAGAAUCCAACUACCAAGACGAGAUGACCAAGAGAGUGAGGACACAAAGCCAGCUGAGUGGUUUGAAGCCUCCUGGACAGAAACAAGCCGCAGUCAAUGCAGGUUAUGUGAAAGAUGGCCAAACAAGUGUUGCCACAAGUAAUCUAACAGACAGUGGCUACUUUCAGAGAACCAGUUCCAACAUUUUUGAGAUGCCGAAUUCUGCAUAUAAUAACCAGAUGGAAAAUGGUUACAAAAGCACCUACAACAGUGUGGGUGAUGACUUGACAAAACAUAGACAUGCUACUAUUGUGUAAAUACCGCUGACACCUUGGACGGCGUGGCGCAGUGGAAGAAUGGCCGUGCGCGACCCGAGGGUCCCUGGUUCAAUCCCCACCUAGUACCAACCUCGUCAUGUCCGUUGUGUCCUGAGCAAGACACUUCACCCUUGCUCCUGAUGGGUGCUGGUUAGCGCCUUGCAUGGCAGCUCCCUCCAUCAGUGUGUGAAUGUGUGUGUGAAUGGGUAAAUGUGGAAGUAGUGUCAAAGCGCUUUGAGUACCUUGAAGGUAGAAAAGCGCUAUACAAGUACAACCCAUUAUCAUUACCUUGGAACACCCAAAGAGUUGGACUCUCGGACCAAACACUGAAACACUUCUGAGCUCUACACUGUUUCUUAAAAUGUUUUUCAGUGCAUGUGAAGGUCUGCAUGGAUGUUACUGGUAUGAAAAUGGAUUUUGAUGAAUUAA